AAUUCUACUACCAGUCGGUGGAUAUCACUAUGCCCCAUCUCAAUGAGGUCGAUGGUAAAAACGAGCUAUGUGGUCCUGGCGCUACAUCCUUCACCAUCGAGAAUUCGUGGCUCAAGGAGACAAUCCAAAUGAAGGUUGCCCUUCAAAAUGAACUAUCUUCUAAGCUCCAUUCCUAUUCAGUGCCCAGGACAAUGUAAGGAAUCCUGUAGGAUACGCAUUAUCCUUUGAAGAUAUAGCCUCAAUAGACAAAACAAGUGUUCGAAUUCUCCAACAUUCUGGAAGCUUAUCAUUGAGCAGGCAUUUCCUACGGGAAUGCCGUUUGCAUAAGCUCAGCCCGAAUGUGGAAUUCCCUCGCGUAACGAAAUGAUAUCACUCGCCAAUCAGUCACGAUUGAUUCCGAUUCCCAUCGAACGUUUUUUCCACCCAAAGGGCAUUUCCCAAAAUAUGAUGGCGUCCCGGCUUAACCUAUCGCUAUUUUAGAACAAAACUCAUGAGCCUUACUGAUAAGAAAUUGAGUAUAAAAUAGCACCUUUGCAGGUCGAUAAAGAUAUCAGUUACAGCAGGGAACCUAUACGAAUCGGAUCUCCAUAUCAGUACCUCCAAAAGCAUGAAGUACACGGUUUCGCUCUCGAUUGUGGCCCUUCUGGCAGUGUUGCACGGUGUCUCCCCACUGCCAACCACCAAGAUCGAAAUCGAUUGGUCCCAAGUGCGUCCGAUCGAGGAGUUUGAUCAUGUGAAGGCUCACCUCCCGGUCAACACUCGUCACGCAUCUGGAACUCCGAAUCGUCGCAUCGUUAAUGGACAGGAAGCAAGUCCCGGUCAGUUCCCGUACCAGGUGGCUCUGCUCGGACAGUUCAACGCCGGUAUUGGACUUUGUGGAGCUUCGAUCAUCACCCAGAAUUACAUCCUAACGGCGGCCCACUGUGUCUACAGUGGAACCAACGCGGACAACCCGAUCGUUGGCGGUACGGCCAUUUUGGGAGCACAGAAUCGCAUCCUGGAGGAACCUUCCCAGCAACGCAUUACCUUCACAUCGAGCGGAAUCAUCGGCCAUCCGGGAUACAACUUGGUGAACGUGCGCAAUGACAUCGCUGUGGUACGGCUGGACGAACUGAUCGUCUACACGGACCGCAUUCAACCGAUUCGACUGCCCAGUCGCUCCGAUGCGCGUACCUUCGCCGGGCUAAUGGGUACGGUGUCCGGGUUCGGUGUGUACUCGGUCGCUAAUCCAGGCCUUUCGGAUGUGCUGAACUAUGUGCUCAAUCCCGUCAUUACCAAUGCCGACUGUUUGGCCGCUUGGAGUAACAGUGCAGAAUUGAUCCAGGCGCAGAAUAUCUGCCAGUCCGGUGAUGGUGGACGUUCCGCCUGCAAUAGCGAUUCCGGCGGUCCGCUGACGGUGCAGGACAAUGCGGAAAGUUUGCUGAUCGGUGUGGUGUCGUUCGGUUCCUCGGGCGGCUGUGAUAAUGGCAUUCCGACAGUGUUCGCUCGCGUUUCCUACUAUUUGGGAUGGAUCGAAGACAACUCGGACUUUGUCGCUGAUCCGUAAAAUGCGCUUUAAGAGAUGAUGAAGCUCUUCGUGAUGUAAUAAACUGUAAUGAAGCAUUGUACGAUUGUUUUGAAAGAUAGUUAUAGAUAUUUAUUCAAGUUAAUGAUAACGAAA